UGACGCCACCUCCCCCUGUACGGGCGUCCAACCACAACAAGCAGCGCGCAUCCCCAAAGAGACGCUUGGCACGGAGGAAGCGUUACGCACGGAUCCUGAACCGUAACACGCUUCGUCUCACAUUUACGAUGCAUUCAGAGCAACGUCGUCGCACGGGGACCUUUCGGUGGUCUUGCAGAGGCGCUUUCGAGUUGCACUCCGGUAGUAGCGAUGAUAUCGUAGUUUGCAAGGGCUUAAGAGAGCAUUACGCGCACUUGGACUCCACGUCAAGCGGACGGCGCACGCACAAACAUGAGGCAUCCGGGCAGAUUUGAGCCACGAUGGAUUCAAGCGAGGCCAGCGUGUUGUCGGAAAACGUUUCCAAGGAUGUCAACGGCACGGAGGCGCCGCUCGAGUGGCCCCACGCGGUGCCGGCAGCCGCUCUCAUCAUCUCGGUGGUCACCGCGAUCGUCUCCGUGACGAUCGUGGGGAACGUGUUGGUGAUCGUGGCGGUGCUGACGAGCAGGGCUCUGCGCGCACCUCAAAACCUCUUCUUGGUCUCGUUGGCCUCCGCGGACAUUCUGGUAGCCACCUUGGUCAUCCCCUUCUCGCUGGUGAACGAGGUGAUGGGCUACUGGUACUUCGGAAGCACUUGGUGCGCCUUUUACCUGGCGCUGGACGUGUUGCUGUGCACCUCGUCGAUCGUGCACCUCUGCGCCAUCAGUUUGGACCGCUACUGGUCCGUCACCAAGGCGGUGCGCUACAACCUGAAGAGGACUCCGAAGCGUAUCAAGUCCAUGAUCGCGAUGGUGUGGGUGAUUUCGGCGGUCAUCUCCUUCCCUCCUCUCCUCAUGACCAAGCACGACGAGCGGGAGUGUCUGAUCAACGACGAAACGUGGUACAUCCUCUCCUCGUGCGUCGUGUCCUUCUUUGCGCCGGGUCUCAUCAUGAUCCUGGUCUACUGUAAGAUCUACAAAGUGGCCAAGCAGCGCUCGUCCACGGUGUUCGUGGCCAAAAACGGGCUGGAAAGGCAGCCGUCCCAGUCAGAGACGUGCUUCGUCCGGAAGGACCGUUUCGAGACGGAGAGUCCCAGCAGCCAAAGUUCGGCCAGUCCCCCGCGGAGACAAGGCGAGCUCGACGACAUCGACCUGGAGGAGAGCUGCUGUCCGUCGGAUAGCAAAGCGCGCGACAAGCACUUGGGCAGACGGGGGAAGGCGGAGGCUGCGGACGGCUGCUCGUCACACAACUGUCGGGCUUCCUGGGCUUCGUCGCGCGCGUCGGAGCACAAAAACCCGGCCGGGCGCCAACACGCCGCCGCUGUCAACAAGACCAAAGUGGCCCAGAUGCGGGAGAAGCGCUUCACUUUCGUCCUGGCCGUGGUGAUGGGGGUGUUUGUGCUCUGCUGGUUCCCCUUCUUUUUCACCUACAGCCUGCACGCUAUCUGCAGGGACAGCUGCUACAUCCCUGGCGCGCUUUUCGACCUUUUCUUUUGGAUUGGCUACUGCAACAGCUCCGUCAAUCCCAUCAUUUACACAAUUUUCAACAGGGAUUUCAGGAAAGCCUUCAAAAAAAUCAUUUGGCCGACCCCGAAGCGCACAUAAUCACACGAAGGCUUUCUGGGUGGCAAAGCUGCUUUCCCAGCUUUCUUUUGCAAAGAGCGAGGAAGGAAUUUAGGCAGAUUAACAGAACUCAGCCUGGGGCUGAUUAUUUCCCCUUUUCACAAUUUUGCAGUGACUUCUGCAACAAUGGGUGUUGUGUACAGAUUACAAUGUUGUCUAAAAUGUAAAACGUUCAGAAAAUACGAGUAACCGUUUGGAAUGUGCAUUGUCAGUAUUAAAAGUGUACCUCAGA